AUGUCGACGGCACGUACCUGUAUGCUACCGACGAUGCUGAAGGAUUUGCUGUAUGCAGCCCAGGAUGAGGCCCCGAACGCAGAUGCCGUGGACGAUGAUCAUGUUCAGCGGUUUUUGGCGAACUUUGAGGAGCGGUUUUUCCGAAAGUCCGACCAAGAGCUUGUCAAAAUCAACACAUUCUUUUCUGAGAAGCUGGCCGAGGCUCACCGUAAGUGGGCGAACCUGAAGAGCGAGCUGGGUGAGCUGGAGGAGCGCGAUCGCAACCACGUCAGCGGUCAUCAGCGCCGCAAGCUUUCCUCCGUCGUACAGCGCGCCAAGAACAAGAAGGAGCCGGCGGUGCGCAAUCUGCCGCAGCUGAAGCUGGCAUUUAGCGAGUUCUACCUCAGCCUCAUCCUGCUGCAGAACUAUCAGCAAUUGAACUUCACAGGCUUCAGAAAAAUAUUGAAGAAGCAUGAUAAGUUGAUGCAGACGGAGACGGGCAGCCAGUGGAAGUCCGUCAACGUGGCCAGCGCUCAUUUCUACAUCAACAAAGACAUCGACAGGCUCAUUCAGGAGACUGAGGUAGGCAGGGGUUACUACGAGGCUAUCAUCCCGCGGAACUCGGGCGUACGGCCGUGGCACAGCUCCGAAGACCACGCGGGAUGGUAG